AUGAUCGCAGAAAUUUACUUGGACAACACCUAUAAAAUGGAACGCGAAAGAGCCUGCACCGUCUGCCCCCUCGACCCCGGGAGUCCCUUGUUUCUGUCCGGCGAUGGCUUCGAGCCCACCGGUGUCCUCUUUCCAAACGCUUUUUUCCACUUCCCUUCGAAAGAUAAAAAGGAGGCGUACGACUUUAUGGACAAGGUCGUCGACAAGCAUCGCCGCUUGUACGAUGAAAGGCAGCGUUUGGGCCUCAAGAGGCAAACGCUGGAGGCCCGAAUUGCCCGUAUCGAGAGGAAGAUAAGGGCUAUGGAGAGCGACCCUUUUCAAUGGGAGUGGAGGAACUUCGACUGCGUGGCGAAGAUCCCGCACAUGCUCCGGAUGUACCUUCGUGCUCGAGGCCAAGUCUCCGGUCCUGUAAACGCUCCGGUUCAAGUGAUCCCGUCUGACAGUGAGGACAGUGACGACGAGGAGGAGGACAGUAACCCCUGGAAGCGCGUGAAGAAUGAACCCGACGUGGACGUCAAAAACGAGGCGUCCACUUCGAACCCCGAACCGGCGAUGCAGGAGCCUGUUCCUGAGCCCCUUCCCUAAAUGUUUUCUGAGACUCAAAACCUUUUAUUUUCGCAUGGACUUACCUACUCGGCUUCGGCCCAGUUUAUUUAAGGAAACUUUCCAACU